UUCAUCCUUCAAUCAAGCAAACGAAUACACAACCAGCGCAGGCCUAGCUUGUGUAGUUCAAACAAAAAUGGGGAAAGACGUGGAAGUAGCAGAGCAAAGAGAGAUGACGGCGAAAGACUACCACGACCCGCCUCCGGCGCCGUUGAUCGACCUGGAAGAGCUAACCAAGUGGUCACUAUACAGAGCCGUCAUAGCGGAGUUCGUAGCAACCCUUCUCUUCCUAUACAUAACGGUGCUGACCAUUAUCGGGUACAAAAACCAGACUUCGGGCACCACCCCUGAGGCCCAGUGCGAAGGAGUUGGCAUCCUUGGUAUCGCCUGGGCCUUCGGUGGCAUGAUCUUCAUCCUCGUUUACUGCACCGCCGGUAUCUCUGGAGGACACAUAAACCCGGCGGUGACAUUCGGGCUUUUCGUCGGAAGAAAGGUGUCGCUGAUAAGGGCGGUUUUAUAUAUCUUAGCACAAAUGGCCGGUGCUAUCUGCGGGACUGGACUGGCCAAGGGCUUCCAGACAGCGUACUACGACAGGUAUGGAGGUGGGGCCAAUUCCGUUCAAGAAGGUUACAGCAAGGGCACGGCUUUGGGUGCUGAGAUCAUUGGUACCUUCGUUCUCGUCUACACUGUCUUCUCUGCCACUGAUCCUAAGAGGAGUGCCAGAGACUCCCAUGUUCCUGUCUUGGCACCACUGCCCAUUGGAUUCGCUGUGUUCAUGGUUCACUUGGCCACCAUCCCAGUUACCGGCACCGGCAUUAACCCAGCAAGAAGUUUCGGCGCUGCUGUUAUCUACAACAACGACAAGAUCUGGGAUGACCAUUGGAUAUUCUGGGUUGGACCAAUAAUUGGAGCUGCGGCGGCUGCAAUCUACCACGAGCACAUUCUGAGAGCUACGGCCAUAAAAGCUUUUGGCUCUUUCAGGAGCAACGCUUAACAUGAUUAAGCCAACCCAAGGCUUUGGUGUUUCCCUGAAAACAAUGACAAUUUGAUCAUUUGGAGGGAGGAACGAACAAAUGCAUGUGUGUUUUCUGCGGGCCUGAUCUUUUGCGUUUCUUUAUUUUCUUUUUGUUUCAUGCUUUAGAGGAAACUGCCAAAAGCCAACUGUAGAUAAACAUGUCCAAGGGUGUAUUUUGUAUCCCCCUCGUGUUUUGAAUAUGGGUUUUUCUAAAAUUUUGGUUAUAAAUUUUCUUUGUGAAAUUGGAGCAUACACGAAUAUAAAAUGUGGGGGCAAAUAAAGUGCGUGCAUGAACCCCAUGUUUUAUAUUUAUCUCUAAUUUUGCAAAAGAAAUUUAUAAUUAAGAGAUUUUAGAAGAAUCAGACUCUAUCCUUUUCCUCUAUAAAUUUCUGCAUUCCUCGUGUUUACUUGUGCCAAUGCUUUACUCCUUAGUAAUUUAUUUUCCUCCUCUACUUCUUCCUGGUGCAAGUUAAUAUGUACUCAUCUUCUUCCCUGUUAAAGCUAGCAAUUCCCGUGUGUU